AUGUGGAUGAGAAGCUCCGCUGUGAGGCCGCUACCUUUAUCUGGAUACGUCAGCAGCAGCUUGAUGUCCCGCUUCCUCGGCUAUGGGGUUUUGGGUUCCUCGGUGUUCAGUAUACCCGAACACAUGCCUCUCACGACGAGACUCUUCUGGUAUGCCAAGCGAUGCGUGUCGUGGCUGUUGCGCCGUCCUUUGUCUUGCCCUUAUAUCAGCCAUUAUGUUAUCGGACACCUGGAACGAACUUCCACACGAUGGCGCCAAAACAACCAACCUCUACUGUCUUUGAGCCAACUCCCACUACCCCGCAUCGGCUCUUGGACGAUCGACACAAACGGCGUCCUGCAACUGACUAACCGUCCGCUCACUCUUCGUCUGCAUCAGUUGGAGAAUGCCGAGAUUCCUACCAACAUGGACCGCAGCUUAACUUUUGCAUCAGCUGAUUCAUACUACCACGAUAUCCUGUCCUGCCACGACAACCGUCUACGACAUCAGCCCAAAUCGAUGUAUGGUCAGGAUGACGGACGAGCCCAGAUGGCAAAUUUGACCAUGAUGCGGGCGCUUCUUCCGCAUUUCACCGACCGAAACCUUUCCCUAAGGCCCUUCUUCUACCGGCUCACUGACCUCCAUCAAAGCAACAUCUUUGUCGACAAGGACUGGAAAAUCAAAUAUCUCAUUGACCUGGAGUGGGCAUGCUCCCUGCCGGCGGAGACUAUGCGCCCUCCGUACUGGCCGACCAGUCGGCCUGUUGAUGAUAUUCUCGGGAAACAUCUCGACACAUUCAGUGAGGCCCACGGCAGGUUCAUGGACAUAUUCCAAGAGGAAGAGAAGCGGUGGGAGGCUGGGAAUUUCUGGUACUUCCAUGCCUUGGAUAGUCCCAAAGGUCUAUUCAACAUCUUUCGCGACCACAUCCAGCCCAAGUUUGCAGCAUCUCAGAGCGCCGAUCCCACUGACUUAUGGCGGAUAUUAUCUGAGUAUUGGUCAGUGAAUACGAAGGAUGUCGUUGAAGAGAGGCUGAAAGCAAAGGAGAAAUAUGAGAAUGAGCUACGCCGGCGUUUUCAAGAUACUUGCGAUGGCACAUGAUACCGAGCAUCGGUCAGGCAUGCAGUGAACGCCAAAAAGCCAGUCUAUUCUCAUUCAAAGCCAACUUAUCGAACCACAAAUUCACAGCCCACAAAAGUACAUAAGUCAUGAAGCAAACAAACAUUGCCGUC